AUUUCACACAUCAAGUUAUAGUUUGUGAUAAAUUUGAUACAGAAUCAAUUAAAUAAAAAGAAUAAAAUGUAAGGAUAAUUUAUAAAUUUUUCCAUGUCGACCCUCAACAAUAAAUUGUAAUGUUUGCUUUCGAAUUUGCUUUAUUUUAAAGUUUAGUCCAUAUAACAUGUAUAACACCUAAUGUUUUGCUUUCUCGAGCUUUGAAUCGAUAACACACAACUUACAGUGAUAUAAAUAUAUACACAUUCUUCAAACGGUUUUCAAGCGAUGUUAGUACACAUCGUGUAGUUGUGUUAUAAAUCUGUAAACCGUAAAAAGCAACCAUGUGGAAAUUGUAGUCGGAUGAUCAGAUUUUAAAUGGGAGAAGAAUGCAGCGAUGAUACGGAAUCGGUGACUAAAUCAAUACGACAUGGUAAGGUCAAACCUCCGGACGGCGGAUGGGAUUGGGUGAUUGUGUUUUCUGCAUUUAUGAUCAACGUAAUAACUGACGGAUGUUCUUAUUCGUUUGGAGUAUUGUAUGUUUUUCUUUUGGACUAUUUUCAAGAAUCAAGGAGUACAACUGCAUGGAUCGGAUCCGUAUUUUGUGCUGUUCCUUUGCUUUGUGGGCCAAUCGCAAGUGUCGUUACAAACCGACUCGGUUUUAGAAAAGCGACUAUAAUUGGUGGACUGAUUACUGCAAUGGGCUUCAUAUCAAGUGCCUUUGUCCAUUCCGUAGGUGCUAUGGCGGUGACAUAUGGUUGUAUAGCCGGUCUUGGUAUUUCUAUGCCUUAUUUGAACUCAAUUGUUGUGGUUGCGAUGUAUUUUGAAAAGAAAAGGACCCUUGCUACAGGAAUUUCAGAAUGUGGCGCCGGUAUUGGAACGUUAAUUUUUGCUCCUUUAUAUGAAUAUCUAAUUAUGUCAUAUAGUUGGCGUGGUGCUGUCUUGAUUAUUGGUGCUAUUUCUUUAAACAUUGUAGUCUGUGGUGCUGUCUUUAAACCUCUUGAAGGUGCUCAGGAAUAUACUGAAGUUCAAGAUUCAGAAUGUGAUGAUAAAGCAUUUAUUGAAGAAGAUCAAGCGGAUCAUGAUCAUGAAUUACUUCCAAUUGACGAUGGUUUUGUAGUGACAAAAUUUCUUAAAUCACAAGACAUUUAUAACUCAAAUCCUAGUCUCGUUUUGGAGUCAAAUUCAGUGUUAGGGGCGUCUGUUGCCACUUCUCCGUCUAUAGUCAGGGCAGCUGUUAGCUGCCAUGAUAUCCACGAAACUACAAAACCUCAAUGCAAACGAACGAACAAACCCCUAAUUGACAUUUCUAUUUUUAAAAAUGCUAGAUUUGUCAUGUUUACAUUCUCCAGCAUUAUUCUGUAUUUUUGGUAUGACGUGCCUUACGUAUUCACCGUAGACAGGGCUAAGAAUUUUGGCAUUACAGAAAAGAGGGCUUCGUAUAUGGUUGCCGUAAUCGGAAUCUCGCACACUUUGGGAAAUCUGCUUUAUGGUUUCCUUGGUGAUAGAAAGCAAAUAAAUCGACGAUAUUUAUAUAGUGGAAGUUUGUUAUUGACAGGUAUAGUUUUAACUAUAGUUCCAAUAUUUACAACGUUUCUUCCUUGCACAAUACUUGCCGGACUUUUUGGACUCUUGUCUGCUUCCGCCGAGGCACUCACUUCCGUGAUAAUUGUAGACAUCUUGGGAAUUGAUAAAUUAACUGAUGCCUAUGGAGUUGUAAUGUUUCUUCAGGGAGUGUCUAAUUUAGUCGGGCCACCAGUAGCGGGAUGGUUAUACGACACGUCUGGUAGCUAUGACAAGACAUUUUAUUCCGCAGGCAGCUGUAUCGGUAUUUCCGGUAUUAUUGUGUUGCUUACAUCUUUCAUAAAACAGAAGAAAGAACCACGCCAAAAUGAUUAAAAUAUGCACGAAAAACAAGCAUGAAAUUAGUAAAAAAAAAAAUUGAAAGACAAGACCCAAACGAAUUGGAAAAAACGGAAAAACAACCUAGCCGAAAUAGUUAAGCAAUUUGAUAGUACUAUAUAUGCUAAUAAAGCUGCAACAUAAUUUUAAG